AUGUCAGAUUUACAUGAUCUAUGCAAAUUUCCAGAAAGACCAAUUACAUCAAAAUAUAUAGACAAUCUAAAAUAUUACAUAAAAAAUGGUAUUCCAGCGACAUAUACAGUAGAAGAAGCAUAUAAUUUCAUAAAUAAUAUUGAACAAGAACCAACUACAACUACAACUCCAUUACAUUUAAUAUGUACACAUGUUCCAAAAGAUUUAAAACCUAAUGAAAUUGAAAUAGUUACUGAAAUGGUUACAACCUUAUUUGAAUAUGGAGCAGGUUGGUGUUUUACUGAUAUAAAUAAUGAUACUCCUGGUUGUAUAUUAAUUAAGAGAAAUUUAAAAAAUUUACCAAUAUAUGAAGAAAUCGUCAAUGCAGGAGUUAGAGCAGAAUUAUUAUUAAGAAAAGUUAGUGAAUUUGAUAUGGAAAUUAUUGAAGAUACUGAUGAUUUAAAUCAUGAUGAAUUUGGUCAAUAUGAAGAAGUAAAACAAGAAGAAAUACCGAAUUUAGUUGAAGUAAAAGAAGUCGAGAGUGAGGAACUACCAAAAGAAGUCGAGAGUGAAGAACAAUCAAACGUAGUCGCAAGUGAGGAACAAUCAAAAGAUGAUAUAGAGAAAAAUGACGAAUUCAAAUCCAAAUCAACUAAAUAUAAUCCAAUCGAUGAUGAUGAAGAGGAUGCACCAUCACAAAAUCAAAAAUCUUACCUACAUACAAAACUAGAAUAUUCAAAUAAUGCAUUAUUAACAAAAGAUAGAAAAGAUGGAGUAAUGAUGUCAUGGGAAACAGAUAUAAUGAAAUUAGGUAGUGAUACAUUAUUUAAAGGAUCAUUCGUCGAACCAGAACAAAAAGAUUUCGAAAUUAAUAUAUUAAAUAUUGGAUUUGGAAUGGGAAUAAUUGAUAAAUUUAUACAAGAAUCAUCACCUACAAAUCAUUAUAUAUGUGAAGCUCAUCCUGAUGUAAUAAAAAAAAUGAAAGAUGAUGGAUGGUAUAAUAAGAAAAAUGUUAUAAUCUUGGAAGGAAGAUGGCAAGAUAAACUUCCGGAGCUACUUUCAAAAAAUAUAUUUUUUAAUGGAAUAUAUUAUGAUACUUUUUCAGAACAUUAUAAAGAUAUGUUAGAAUUAUUUGAUCUUGUGGUGGGAUUAUUAAAACCUUAUGGAAUAUUUUCAUUUUUUAAUGGAUUAGGAGCUGAUAGAAUUGUAAUAUAUGAAGUUUAUAAAAAAUUAUUAGAAAUUGAUUUGGGUAAUUAUGGAUUAAAUUGUAAAUUUAAAGAAUUUAAAGUACCUAAAGAAUUAUUUCAAAAGACAGAUAAAAAGCAAAAUGUAAAUGGUGAAGAAGAAGAUGGUUCUAUUUGGGAUGAUGUUAAAAGAAGUUAUUGGUCUUGUCCAACUUAUUAUCAUCCAGAAGUAAAAUUUAUGGAAUUUUAA